AUGGCUGACAUUGAUGCAGUGAGUAACGGCUUUGCCGAGCUUGCUGGAACACCUCUACUAAACAAAGCUGUUGGAGCCAUUGAUGGUUGUCAUGUUCGCAUAAAGCCCCCAUCACUCCAUCGUCUGGACUAUCUAAAUUACAAGGGUUCUGUGCAUGACACGCGCAUUCUGAAGAACAGCUCGUUUUACCUUGCAAGAAGGUACCCACCUACGGGGUACUUCAUUCUGGGAGAUGGUGGGUAUCCUUGUUUGGAGGGACCAAUCGCCCUUAUUACUCCAUACCGAGAGCCAGUGAACGGCCGGGCCCAAAGGAAAUUCAACUACCAUCUGUCAAGAGCCCGUUCUAGUGUGGAGAGAGCAUUUGGGAUUAUGAAGACUCGCUGGAGGUCAACCCUGUUCAGAGCCCUGGAGGGGUGUUAUGGCGAGAGGAUGAAGAGGACGGGGUUGGUGAAGAGGGAGGAUUGUUUGAGGAUGGAGCUGGAGAAGCAGACCGGGUCGAUGGUGCAGAGGAGGCAGAGCCCAACUGAGUAUCCUCACUGGGGGUCUCGUCAGGAUUGA